GAGAAAGGGCAAAAGAAGAGGGUUCCCGCGUGAACUCAUGCCCCACCAUUUCCAUGUCUCCACCCCAACCAACGAAUUAGUACAAAGAAAAGAAAAGAAAAAAUCGGAAACAAGAAACUUCCUUUGGAAGUUAUUUCAGCGCAUCCCAUUUCCCGCAAGCAGAAGAAUCUCCACCUUAAGUUAAACCCACCUUCACUCUCUACACUUGACACUCCACUCCCAUCACUCCAAGAACGCACCCACACACCAAUGAGAUAUGUGGAUUGAUCGAUGAGUGCGAUUAGGAAAGUGGGCUCUCUGUAAAUUGUGGUGAGGGCCAACAGACUUUUAGCUACACAACUCGUGACUCUUAUGAAAAAUACAAUGGGAUCUGAGAUAGGUGAUAACGACUUGGUCGUCACUCAAAUUAGUGUUGGAGGGCUAGAAAAUUACGUCACGGCCAAGAUGCUUUUGGACUAUUUUGAAGAUAAUAUUGGACUGGUCUGGAGGUGUAGGUUGAAGACUUCGUCAACUCCUCCAGAAUCAAACCCAAAUUAUGAGAUUGACGCGGAGAGUGUACAGAGAAAGACCGAUUAUGUCAAGAUUGAACCCCAUGCAUUUGUGCAUUUUGCAGUUGCACAUUCAGCAAAAGCAGCAUUAGAUGCUGCGGCCCGUGGUGAGCUUAUACUGGGAAGGAAGCCUUUAAAGGUUAGUUUGGGGCCACAAAAUCCUUACCGGAUGAAUGAGAGGAGAAGAACCACAACUCCAUAUAAGCUAUCUGAUGUUCUCAUUGAGAUUGGAGUAAUGAGGAGCAGAGAUGAGUUCCUUGUUGGUUGGAGAGGACCUCGCACUGGGGUUGAUUUUCUUGUUGACCCCUUCAAUGGGACAUGCAAACUGCAUUUCACAAGGAAUACUGCUUUCUCCUUCAAAGGUGAAGCCAGAUCUGCUGUAAUAAAGUGCAAUUUCAAGAUUGAGUUCUUGCCAAGAGAAAUAAAUGAGAUAAAUCAAUACAGAGAUUUUUCUUCCUUAAUAGUUCUAUUGCAGCUAGCUUCAUCGCCCUUGGUUUACUACAGAACUGCAGACGAUGACAUUGAAGAAUCAGUGCCUUUUGAUUUGUUGGAUGAUGAUGAUCCAUGGAUCCGCACCACAGAUUUCACACCCAGUGGAGCAAUUGGUAGGUGUAAUACUUAUCGAAUUUCAGCCCGACCUCGGAAUGGUCCAUCUCUCUUCAAGGCAUUGGAAUAUCUCCGAAAACUUAGGGUACCAGUUCUUGAUGAAAGUCCAGGUCGGACCCUUCGGGUCCAGGAUGAGCCUGAUUUUGGGAUGCCUAUGUCAGAUCCCUUUUUUUGUCUUCAGUACAAGGAAGGUAUUAGCUUCAAGAUUAUGUUUUUGGUGAAUGCUGUCAUGCAUAAAGGCAUAAUCAAUCAGCAUCAAAUGUCUGAGAAGUUCUUUGAUCUGUUGAGAAGUCAGCCAGAGGAGCUCAAUAUAGUUGCUCUGAAGCACAUGUGUUCCUACAAGCGUCCUGUUUAUGAUGCUAUCAAGGCUUUGGAUUUCGUGCAGAAAUGGCUGUUGAACAACCCUAAGCUCCUUGAGAGACCACGGGAGAUGGAUGAUGUUGUUGAGGUUCGAAGAUUGAUCAUAACUCCAUCAAAGGCAUAUUGUCUUCCACCAGAAGUGGAACUGUCAAAUAGAGUUUUGAGAAAUUACAAAAACAUUGCGGAUCGAUUCUUAAGAGUAACUUUUAUGGAUGAAGCAAUGCAGACCCUCAAUAAGAAUGUCCUCAUGUACUAUGCUAGUCCCAUUGUGAGGGACAUUACCUCAAAUUCCAACCCACAAAGGACGAACAUGUUCAAAAGAGUAAAGGAUAUUUUAGUUAAUGGUUUUUAUUUGUGUGGUCGAAAGUACACUUUCCUGGCAUUUUCAGCAAAUCAACUGCGAGACCGUUCUGCGUGGUUUUUUGCUGAGGACAAGAAUACUGGGGUUGCCAACAUUAAGAGUUGGAUGGGAAAGUUUACACAGCGAAAUGUUGCAAAGUGUGCUGCAAGGAUGGGACAAUGCUUCUCUUCAACUUAUGCCACUAUUGAAGUCCCUUUAACUAAAGUUAACUCUCAGUUCCCUGAUGUUGAGAGAAAUGGCUAUGUUUUCUCUGAUGGUAUUGGUAUGAUAUCAGCUGACCUUGCAAUUGAAGUUGCAGAAAAACUGCAGCUGGGUUCAAACCCGCCAUGUGCUUAUCAAAUCAGAUAUGCAGGUUACAAAGGUGUUGUUGCACGUUGGCCUGCAAAAGAUGAUGGAGUCCGUUUAUAUCUUAGACGAAGUAUGAAGAAAUUUGAGUCAAAUCACAAGACACUUGAGAUUUGUUCUUGGACUAGGUUCCAGCCUGGUUUUCUGAAUCGGCAGAUUGUCACACUACUAUCUGCUCUGGAAGUUCAAGAUGAUAUAUUCUGGAGAAUGCAAGAAACAAUGGUUUCAAGACUGGACUGGAUGCUUGAAGACUCAGACACGGCUUUUGAUGUCCUUACUGCUUCAUGCACUGAUCAAGGAAAUACAGCAGCACUAAUGUUAAGUGCUGGUUUCAGGCCUCAAACUGAACCUCAUUUACGAGGGAUGCUAACUAGCAUCAGAGCUGCCCAACUUGGGGACCUCAGUGAAAGAGCUACUAUUGCUAGAAUUUUUGUUCCUUUGGGAAGGUGGUUGAUGGGCUGUUUGGAUGAGCUUGGUAAACUUGAACAUGGGCAAUGCUUCAUCCAGGUCUCAAACCCUUCCAUAGAAGAUUGUUUUGUGAAGCAUGGGUCUCAAUUUUCAGAGACCAAGAAAAAGCUUCAAGUUGUCACGGGCCUCGUAGCAAUUGCAAAGAACCCCUGUCUUCACCCUGGAGAUGUGCGGAUUCUGGAGGCAGUUGAUGUCCCUGAGUUGCAUCAUCUUUAUGAUUGUCUUGUCUUCCCUCAGAAGGGAGAUAGACCACAUACAAAUGAAGCAUCUGGGAGUGAUCUGGAUGGGGAUCUCUACUUUGUCACUUGGGAUGAGAAUCUCAUUCCUCCAAGCAAGAGAAGCUGGACCCCCAUGGAAUAUGCACCUGGAGAAGUAAAACAAUUGCCGCGUGAAGUGAAGCACUCGGAUAUAAUUGAUUUUUUCACGAAGAACAUGGUGAAUGAAAGUCUAGGUGCUAUCUGCAACGCUCAUGUUGUUCACGCGGAUCUUAGUGAAUAUGGGGCUUUGGAUGAGAAAUGCAUCAAAUUGGCGGAGCUUGCAGCGACUGCCGUUGAUUUCCCUAAAACAGGAAAGAUUGUGAAUAUGCCAGCUGAACUGAAGCCAAAGACGUAUCCCGAUUUCAUGGGGAAAGAGGAAUUUCAGUCUUACAACUCCAGUAAGAUUUUAGGUAAGCUCUACCGUAAAAUUAAAGAUGCUUAUGAUAGAGAUCAUGAAGCAUCUCGUGAACAUACAUUUGCUUCGGAUGACAUUAUAUACGACCAAGACCUUGAGGUUACAGGAUCAACUGGUUUUAUUGGUGAUGCAUGGAACUGUAAGUGUUCGUAUGAUGGCCAGUUGAUUGGUCUUUUGGGACAGUACAAAGUGAAUAGAGAAGAAGAGGUUGUGACGGGGCACAUAUGGUCCAUGCCAAAGUACAGUAGCAAAAAACAGGGAGAACUGAAGGAGAGACUCAAGCAUGCGUAUAGCACCUUGAGAAAGGAGUUUAGGAAAGUGUUUGAGUGCAUGGGCCCAGAAUUUGAUCAGCUUUGGGAUGAUGAGAAAAAUAUUAUGUACGAAAGAAAGGCAUCAGCUUGGUAUCAGGUAACUUACAAGGACAGUUGGGUGAAAAAAUCCAAGGAGUUGCAUGCAGUAGAUGAUGCGGGAAAGUCAGUGAUGUUGAGCUUUGCUUGGAUUGCUGCUGAUUAUCUGGCUCGGAUUAAAAUAAAGCGAAGAAUGAUGGAAAAUAGCAUAUCCACGAAGCCGAUAGAUUCUUUGGGAAGGUACUUGGCUGAUAAAAUAUGAUUGAGAUGUUUGGUGAAGUUGUGGAUUCAUCAUAUGGUAGUUAGUUGUUGUUUGGUUACAAGGCCACUCUGCCGUGGAAACUCUAACUUAAGGCUCCUCUCUCCUCUCUCCAAAUUAAUUCAAAUGCCCAUCGCCAUUUACUCUUCUUUCUGUGCUGCUUUGUAAAGAAAAUGGAUAUGUAAUAAGUAGUGUUUGUUUCUUUGUUCUAA